UACCUCCAUCUACACCUUCUCUCCAUCUUUACCUCCAUUCACACCUUCUCUCCAUCUUUACCUCCAUCCACCCCUCCUCUCCAUCUUUACCUCCAUCCACCCCUCCUCUCCAUCUUUACUUCCAUCCACACCGUCUUUCCAUCUUUACCUCCAUCCACACCUUCUCUCCAUCUUUACCUCCAUUCACACCUUCUCUCCAUCUUUACCUCCAUCCACACCUUCUCUCUAUCUUUACCUCCAUCCACACCUUCUCUCCAUCUUUACCUCCAUCCACACCUUCUCUCCAUCUUUACCUCCAUUCACACCUUUUCUCCAUCUUUACCUCCAUCCACACCUUCUCUCUAUCUUUACCUCCAUCCACACUUUCUCUCCAUCUUUACCUCCAUUCACACCUUCUCUCCAUCUUUACCUCCAUCCACACCUUCUCUCUAUCUUUACCUCCAUCCACACCUUCUCUCCAUCUUUACCUCCAUCCACACCUUCUCUCCAUCUUUACCUCCAUUCACACCUUUUCUCCAUCUUUACCUCCAUCCACACCUUCUCUCUAUCUUUACCUCCAUCCACACUUUCUCUCCAUCUUUACCUCCAUUCACACUUUCUCUCCAUCUUUACCUCCAUCCACACCUUCCCUCUAUCUUUACCUCCAUCCACACCUUCUCCCCACGUUGUCUUCUGUUCACACGUGACAUCACUUCCUGUGCAGAGCUUCCAGAGGUGUUCCUCCUCCAGAAGACGCCAUCCUCUCCAGUCACCUGCAUGGCGACAGGUUUCUACCCCGACUUAGCCGACCUGUUUUGGAGGAAAGACGGCGAGCAGAUCUUCGAGGACGUGGAGCACGGAGAGCUGCUCCCCAACCACGACGGAACCUUCCAGAUGUCGGUGGAGCUGAAAGUGGAAGUGACGGCCGAGGUGGAGGGCAAGUACGAAUGUGUGUUCCAGCUGUCUGGCGUCAAGGAGGACCUGGUCACCAAGCUGGAGAGAAGAAGCAUCCUGAGCAACACAAGCCAUGAAGACAACUGGAGCGUCGCCCUCGCUGCCACGGCGGCGGUCGUCGCUGUGGCGGCCGUCCUGGCGGCCAUCAUCAUCGUCAUGGUCAGGCGUCACAGAAACAGACAAGGUGAGGGACACCAAUGUCCUCCGUCUUCUUCUUCUUCUUCUUCUUCUUCUUCUCGGUCCAGGCCGUGAGUUGAUGCUUUCAUCCGGGCUGCAUGUUUUAGUUGCCUUCCAGCCAAACACUCAAAGCUCCACAGAGACAGAGCGCACACUCUCACAUAGAAAGACGUGAGGAAAAAGUCCAUUUCACCUUGUUUCACUUUCAUUUCAGCCCAGUACGAUCCAGCUCGUAAGUAAAACAUCUUUUCUUUGAGCCGCAAGAAACAAAGCCGUGGUGAAGCGUCACUCACAUGGAGGUCUGAUGUGGACCUUUGUUACAAGUUUAGCCUGAAAAUCCCAACUUGAGCUGACUCCUUCACAAUAAAAGACCCUCCUGUGAGCACACGCAAUACAAAGUGUGGCAUAUCUCACGUUUGUCAUGAGUCCUCAUGAUGAGGAUCAGCCAAAUGAGACCUCAAGUGUGCUGACUCAUCAAGAAGGUAUCCUAGUCAGGAAGUAGAAGAGCAGCACUCUGCUUCUUCAUGUUUCCAAGUCACACCUCAAAGAUCUGAUGUGAGUGACGAGGCACCUUCUGGAUGUUCUUCCUUCACCGUUUGCGUUUGUCCCGCAGCUCGCCACGGUGGC